UUGUUUGCUUGAUCAGCCAUCAAUACAAAAAUUCAUAGAAAUAAAAUACAGUAAAAUGUCGAAAAUAACUGAAAUGUGUGCUGGAAACGGACUUGCGAUAAAAACGUAUAGAAACGUCAUCUUUAUUCUGGUGCUUUGCUGCCCGAAUGAUGGAGAAUUGCUGACUUGCAUUGUUGACAGAAAACCGAUGCAGUAUGACCAAGACAAACUGUGUUGUAAUGGCCUUCACACGCGAGUAGAGAAUGGACUCGAGAAGAGAUGCUGUAACGGCACAGUGUAUGCGGACUUAACGCACAAGUGCGACAAUGGAAUUAUUGUAAAUAUCGAGGAAGAGAUUAAAAAUGACACAUUACAAACGUCCGAUGUAAGUCCGCAAACCAAAAAUGGACCUCCCAAAUGCCCUUUGUGCAUAACUGGAAACCACAGCGGACCUGCGGAGUGCAAGAAGAAAAACAAAUUAAACGUCCGUCUCGAGGAGAUUGCACAGAGAAAACGAGACAGAUUGUGGCUGCAUGUAACAGUGACCCGCCCCGAAAAGUAUGCAGGUUGGCGUAUGAUACUCAAGACGAAGAGCGUUUGCCGGGAAUGUUUUCAAAAGGGCGUAGCAUAUGUUAUAUUUACAAAUCGAUGGUUGGAUUCAUUGCCCGAAAAAUCACGAAUUACUGGCAGUGAUGUAAUAGUUCGAAAAGACCAGCUCUCAUCAUUUAACUGCACAGUCAUUCGUUGGGCUAAGACAUCAUAAUAACAAUUUUUUCUUACAAAAAUACUUAGUUAAUCAAUGUUCUUAUAAUUUGAUCUUAUAACGCGAAGAACAUUGUCCAUCUGAACUUACACUUUCUCGUUAAUGUAUUAAUAGAGAUAUCACGUAAACAAUAAUAUGCAUUUGAAUUUAAUCAAUAUUUUUAUAAAUAGGACAGUUAAAAACGGCAACGAAUAAUGUAUAGGGCACAUAUGGCUUUACCAGAUAUCAUUAGAUAUCAUCAAUAUUCCAAGUGUUUAAUUUUGUUUUGCUCAUAAUCAGUUAAGUCAUACGAGUAAACAGUGGUAUAAUAUUCACCAUAUUCAUGUUUUUUUGUGAAUAAUCACUGGCUGGACAUUUCCCGUCUUAAGCAUAUGGCUGAUCUCGGUAUUUUAAGGAAGAACGUGAUUUUACUUGAAGAACAGAAAA